UUACUAUUAGUACUUUUGCAUGCGCUGAGCCGGUUACACAAUUGCGCACUGCGGCGAUCAGCAACUCCGGCAUAAAAAAACAUGGAGCCGCCAGUGUAUUCUCCUCAAACGCCAAACCAUUACGAGUCGAUUGAAGUGGAAACUCCUACAUUACCGUACGGGAGCGAUUACAAAUUGAAAAUGGUAAAUUUGAACGGGGAAGAAAUCGCCGCCUUCAACGUCGAGGGGGAAGAUUUGCUUUGCUUUCCGCAAGUGUAUGAGUAUUUUCUGAAGGAUCUUGUGUCUGGAAUGCACACUGUGUACACAAAACUCAAACGGAUGAACAUUCAAGGAAAGAACUGCAACGUGGAGCAAGUUCGCAUGAUGCGAAGUGUUGGAGCCAUAGGUCAAGUCGUAAAUCGCUGCAAGUUGAUCUCGCGCGAAGAUUUCAACAGACUCUACGAAGAUUGUUUGCUUUACAGGGGCCCAGGGCGACGUAAAAAGAAUCCCGACAUUCCUCCCGAGCUGCUAAACAAUCCGUUCAAGCAUUUCAAAGUCGAUCAUCACGCUGAAAGACCUGUCAACAUAUCGAACGGAGAACCAAUGAAGACAGACGAUACGAACAAGUCCAUUUCGGGCGAUUCGUCGCCUAAUGCUGGUGUAACUUUGACGAUUGAAGGGUCACGUGAUGCCAACAACAAUUCAACUGGGGCUGAAAGGAAAGACCCACAGUUCAGAACGCCAAUUUCCCGACCGCCUGAGCGCACUCUGAACAUGACACCGUCCAAUCUCACGCCACCAUGUCUUCACGGGAGCCCGCGAUAUUCUACCACACACGUAAUUCAUUCUCCAACGAACGCUCCGCCAUCACGUAUCAUAAGCCCGCCCAAUGGCGUUGCCGUGCCGCCAAACUCUCAGUCAUGCGCGUUCAACUUUCCACCUCGUCCUCAGGCGUCUUUGAGUCCGCAAGGAAAUGUGUUGAGUCCAGCAACGAAUGGCGGUCCACUUAGCAACGGUGCGUCAGCGGUGGCCAAUCACAGCCCAGGGAGGUCUCCUAGUGUGGGAGAGGCAAUGAACGUGGAAGCCUCGGUACCUCAUGUCAGUAGCACUGGCACAUCUGAGCAUGUGGAGUUCAGGAAUGCCGCUGUUAAUGAUACGGGUUCUGAAAUGUCAGCCUCUUCGCCACACGUGUUAUCUCGAGAGCCUGAAUUCAGGGAGCCUGGAUCCACGGAAAGUCUUCUGUUGAACAUACAGGGUCUUCUGAAGGUGGCUGCAGAAAAUACGAGACAGAACGAGAGACAAGCUGUUUACGAAAGAAAUGAACUUCGCCGAUACAUUCAUCGCGAGCGUGAGGUUCGAGAGAAAGCCGAAAGACAAUCCGCUGCUCUGCAGAGAGGAAAAGCUUUUCUUCAAAAGAAACUCAAGAAAGAAAAGAGAGCGCGGCGUAAGCUGGCUGAACAACUCCUUGAGGAACAACAACGAUGUGAGCUGCUUGAAGAACAGCUGAGACAAACGACCCAAGAUGCUCUUAAACAGCGAAACGAUGAGUUACUCCAAGAGCUGGAAAAAGAACGCUGCGCCAAGAUUGAAGCUGAGAGGAAGCUUAAAGAAGCUAGAGGGGAGAUCCAGAACUUUGUUCAUAACUUUCUUGAAAAUCCGAGUCAAGAAGGGCCUGGGCACCACCGAUCAGAAAUGGAGCCGGAUGAGCUAAACGGGGUCGAAGUGGUGAAGGACGAACAUAUUGUCACAACAUAGGUCUGCAAUGCGUUUGCACUUUGUCACCUGCUGAAGAGGGCGGUUUGAACGAAAGACAAAGGUAGCGAGCGAUAGUGAAACGGAAAUUAUCUGAACCAUGAGGAACGCAAGAGCCGACAGCAGAAAUAUAAGAGAAUAGCUGUCGUUUUUGUUAUGAAGUUCGUUUGUUCUAGUUGAAAUUGCCGACGUUGAAAAUCAGUUUGCCAUCUUAAACGAAAUAAGUUAAACGUGAAAUCCUUGGACGAUUGGCAAAGGAAAGCGCGAUCCUUCGAUGAAUUCUUGUUUGGAGAUAAUUAUGUCAGAAAAUACACACAGUUUAAAGUUGUUCUUUCUGUGUUGCAAACAACUCGCUAAAUGCUAUUCAAUGGUAGUUAUCGAUUUGAUUGUUCGGAACUACAGCUGCAUAUUUUUAUACUUUUGUAAAUUUGAAAGACAGUAAUUCGUUCGUGGCAUUCAUUUGAGAUUUGAUGAUUAUUUAUUUUUUAUGCGACAGGAGCUGUUUUUAUAUUACUCAGCGUAGUU